GACGCCUUGGCCGCCUUGGCAACUGUAUGGACAUCACCCGUAAAGCGAAAAAUUCGGAAUUUUCCUGCGACCUUUGUGGCUGUGUUGUCUUGUCAGUCGUAUUCGUGUUUGUAUGUAGAAUUCGAGUGUUUAGCGAUAGUUUCAUCUUCAAAUGCCCUCUGUUUGACUGCUAGUCGAAGUUCGUCGUGAUGCCGAAUAAGAGGGUGGCACUCAGUACAGCGCAAGCACUCAGAAGCUAUGCCAUAAGCCUCGCCCGCAACUGUCCUGGACUUCCACCGGUUGGGAAGAUCCACCAGGACCUGCUGUACUCCAGGAGCCCCCUGAGCUUGAGGAAGAUCCGCUACAACCUCACCUGCACGGGCAUCGGGAGCACACCGUGCCAGAUCACCAACGACCUCACCACCUGGAACGAGUUCCUCUGGCUCAUCCACGCAGAGCUCAAGGAGCUGUCCCCUGGAAAGCUCGGCGUGGUCCACGUGCUCGGCUGCCGCAGCAAGGUGGUCACGGACCUUCAAAGGCAACAUGCGUGCAUCCUCUUGCACUGGCUCCUGAAUGAGCACCACUGCGUUGAGACGUUGGAACUUGAGAGCUCGGUCAUCCCAAUGAACCACCACCUCUUCUGCUAUGCCCUGCGCGUUAGCUCGGGGCUGAAGAGGCUGAAGCUGAGCAGGUACGACCUGAGUGCGUCGGUCUCCGAGGACAUCAUGGCAGCUGUGGCCACGAUCGUGGGACUAGAGGACCUGGAGUUUGCUUGGGUCUCCGUGUCUGUGGGUGCUUUGAGACGGCUGGGAAUCUUCCUCGAGCAGUCGCAGAGCUUGAAGCGUCUCGUGUUGCACCUCCCACGAACCACAACAAGGGGAGUUGCUGCGAAUUUGGCGGGGGGGUUGGCGGCCAGCAGAAGCCUCGUGUCGCUGACCAUGAACGACGGCUGCCUGAGGGAUCAAAACGGCGACGUCGUAUUUGCGCAGUACCUCGCCCAGAACGCCACUUUGAAAGAGCUAGUGAUCGAGGUGCAGAUCUACGACGGCACGGGCUCGAUUGCCGUCCUCUUAAGCUCGCUGAAGACCAACCAGUGUCUGGAGACACUCAAGCUCUUCAGCGGUCACUGGGAUCCGUCCGACGGAGACAUACUCACUGACGCAAUGACCGUGAACGACACACUCCGCUCCUUGCGCGUCGGCGACGACUCGAUGAGCGACACUACAUUCUUGGCGGAGCUGAUCGAGAGGAACGUUGGCCUCGUGGAGCUUGAGAUUGUCACCUGCAGUACCUGGCACUUGGAGGCCAUUGGACAGGCCGUCCGCAAGAACACGAGACUGCGGAGGCUCACCUUACGUUGCAACGCCACAAGCGUCGACGAUGCGAGGCCACUCCUCGAGGUCAUUGCAGACAGCAAGACGCUUGAGCUGGUCUUCCUGAAGAACAUUCAUGAGUCAAGGAUCGGAGAGUUCCGUAUGGUUCUGAAGGAGAUGGGAAUCGAGGACAAAGUCAGGUACCGCUCUUACAUUUCGGAGCCCCUCAUAUACGUGAGCACGAUCAACGCCGGUCAGAGGAUGCGCCGGGACUACUAUGGACCCCAGGACAGCCUCGAUCUGAGGAUUGUCAGGGACGGGCUGUGCCAGCUCGCGUGUCUCCCCGACAUUGUCCAGCUGACGCUGAAGCUAGAUCAGUACUUGGACGUAGAGUGUGCGACUCUCCUCGCCAACUUCAUGUCGUCAAAUUGGGCCCUCAAGGACGUGCACCUCUCCUUCUUCACGAAGGAUGUCACCACACUUAUCCUGGUGCAGGGGCUUAAGGCAAACCGGAGCAUCAACAACCUCAUCAUUGAAGACUGGAACUUCAGCGAGGGCAAUACGGGGGCGUUCGGGGCCUUUCUCAAGAAGAGCAAGACACUGAACCACCUGACAGUGCUCUCCUCUGGCGCCUGGAUUCUGACGCGGGAGAUGGUGCGCUGCCUCACAGACAACUAUUUUCUCACCGAGUUCAGGACCAUGGAGCUGCGUGAACUCGAGAACAGCAUGUACCAGGUUAGAGAGAUCUUGCGCAGGAACAUUGCCAUGCUCUUCCAGGCGGUGCAGUUUGUGAGGGGAGUGCGGACAAGAAAGUGCGCCCUGGCGUUUGAACUGCUCUGCGAGAGCGAGUCGCUGUUCAGGUUGAUGAGGGACCAUGCGCUCGGCAGCGACCCGGACCUCAAGCAGUGGAUCAGGGAAGGCAAGCGGUAUCUAGAGCUCAACUUCAUGACCUUGGCAGGCGUGGUCAGUGAGAGUGUGGUUUGUGAGGAUGUCAACGGAGGCCAGAGGCUACAGUUGGACAGGAUCGGACUGGAGAACUGGCUCAAAGUGCGGUCGUACCUGAAAAUAAGGGACGUUGUGAAGAAGUCGCCGACCGGGCCCCGCCACACUGUGCACACAUGACAGCCGAGAGCAUAAGUGACGUUCUAACUAGAUUGCCACUCACACUGCACUUUGGCGGACUUGAGGCGACUUGCCGAUAUUAUGGUGUUUGACUUGUCAACGAAUUGUGUGUUGGUGAGCUAGUGUCUGUUCGCCUAAAACCUUUCCACUGGUGCCAAUAAACACCUUUCAUUACGUUACAUUGGGGGGAACCCAUAAAAAGCUAAUGAUUGUUGUGUAUGCAGUGUUGGUAACUGGCUUUUCAGACUCAUGUUUGGAUGCGUCAAAUGGUUGUGUGACACUUUGUAAUGUAUGUUUUCACUUAUGGUUAGUGGAGUCAUACCCCAGAGGUUAUCUAUUCUACGCACAUGUAAUGCACUAUUGAUUGUAGGUGCCUGGCAUGCUCUGCAAGUUUUCGUGCUAAAUCUAAUGGUUCAUUUAUUCAACACUGAUGGCCAAAAUAAGAAAGCUUGACACAAGAAACCUUGUAAGCUACUUGAGUGUGCGUUGGCACAUUUCUGUGUCUCUACAUGAAUUUUACAAAUUUGGCUGGCUUGGAACUGAAAAUUAACCAUUGGCUUUUGGCUUGUGUCAUGGUUGUUAGGUUAACUAGGUCUAUAGCUUAUAUAACUUUCAAACCCCUAUUUGCUGGUUCUCAGCAGGGUAAAUAUUGCUCCCAUGAAAUGAUCUACUGAAUAAAACAUUUUUACUUCGUGA